UAUGAGGAGGAGGAUGACUACACCUGCUACAGGGACGGCGUCCCCGCCUGCACGGUGCAGCUGCUGGCGAAAGAUGACCUCGAGAAGCCGAAGAUUUCGUGUUACAUCCGCCACCCCACCUACAACAUCACCUGCGAAUGGCAGACCACCAGGAAGCUCCGCCCACACGCCAAGGUCACGCUCAUAGCGUGGAUGGUGAACAGUGAACACAUCAGGAACAGCUGCUCUUACCUCGCCGCCACCGGAAAGUUCACCUGCUCCACGCCGUACAAGGAAGGGGACAGCGGGCGGCACACCAUGUCUCUGUGUGUCAUCGGCCGGACGGACAGCCAGACCAGCAACAUCGUGGACAGCACCAUGGAAAAACUAGUGCAGCCUGACGCCCCGAUCAAUGUGACAGUCGCCUCGUUGGAGAACCGGCCCUACAGCCUCCGGGUCUCCUGGUCGCCCACCAUGCCGUGGCUGAACACAUUUUAUAAGCUGGACUACCAAGUGCAGUACCACGUGGAGGGCGCCCCACACGUCUCCAACCUGCUGCAGACCAGCGGUUGUGAUCAGAUUAAUGUGCUCACAUCAGCAAUAUCAGGAUUUAACUUUUUGUGCACCUUGUCAAAAACAUUUCUUGUGAAAGUGAAACCGUGCGGGGGCGAAAACGAAAAACAGCGCAUUCCACGCACACCGUUCCUUAUCGCGGCCAUCUACGACCUGCGCUGGGGUUCAGGGAGUUUUGGGACAACGGAGAGUACAUUCUUCGUGAUCAAUGACGCGUUCGCGGGGAGGCGGCACGUGAUCCGCGUCAGAGCGAAAGAGGAGUUCUUCUUCACCUGGAGCGAGUGGAGCGCAGAAGUGGUGGGCCGCCCCUGGUCAGAUACAACGGAAGAGGAAGACCAAACAAAGGCACCAGAGAACCCCUCUGCCCCCAUCCCCCGCUACGUUUGGCUUGUGACAAGUGCCAUUUUUGUCUUCGUCCUUCUUCUUUUUCUCGGGCUACUGAUGAGAAAUAAAGAGAUCAAACUGCUGAAGCUGAAAGGCGGCUUGCUGAGGACUCUCUUCCAGCCAUCGCGGAGGGUCCCUGCAGUGCCGCAGCCUCUGUCCGGAGAGCCGCUCCUGGUGGUGCCGUGCCCCCCGCCCGACGCAGUGACUGUCACCGUGCCUGAGCCAUGUGGCGCCGACUAG